AUGGGCCUCCACCCGGUUGCCGGCACCGCAACCACCGCCGCCGCGCAUGCGCCAACGCCCGACCACGCCGCUGCUCCCCGCAAGCCGGCCGCCAAGGGCAGCAGCCCGCGCGCGUCGCAGGCGGCCGCGCUGCGGCUGGCGCCGCUGCCGCGCCGCCGCUGCGUGCUGGUUUCCAAGCAGCUGACCAACAGCGACGCCUCCUCCGGCCGCAUCAUCCUACCGCGGGUGGCAGUGGAGUCCAACCUGUCGUUUGUGCUGGGAUACCGCCACUAUGCGCUGGCGGUCAAGGAUUGCUACGGGCGGCAGUACGAGUUCAUGAUCAAGUCGUGGGCCAACGGCACCGAGCACCGCCGCGUGUUUGUGCUGGAGCAGGCGGGCGCGUUCCUCAAGGCGCACGGCGUGGGGGUUGGCGACGCGGUCGGCAUCUGCUCAGACGAAAACGGCGAUCUGGUGGUGGAGGCCAACAGCGAGGAGGUGCGGCAGGCAACCGUCACACCCAAGUAUGGGGGGGCCGCCCUGGCGGCACCUCCCCCCGGCUCCACCGCCGCCGUGCCGCUGGUGGAGGGCGCCAGAGGGCGCUGCAUCCGCUCCCCGGACUGCACCAAGGCUGCGGGACACCCCGGCUUCUGUUCGGGGCCCAAGGCGGCCGCCGCGGCGGCCGCGCGGCAGCAGGCGGCGGCCAGCCGCGCAGCCGCGCAGCCGGGGGCCAGCGAGGGCAGCGCGCGGGGCGGCGCCGCCGCCAGCAACAGCAGCGGCGAGGAGGCGGCGACGCGGCUGGGCACGCCGCGCGGCCGCGCCGCCGCAGCCAGCACCGCAGAGUGCGGCGCCGCCGCUUUGGCGGCGCUGCCUGCGGGCCUGCACCCGAUUGCCCACAUCCCCUCUGGCCUGCGCCUGACCAAGGUGCUCACCGCCUACGACCUCACCAGCCGCCGCGUGGUGAUGCCUGUGCCUGCGGUGGAGGCCGGCGUGGGCGCCGCCCCCACCACCGACCGCCUCACGCUGGCCGCGGUGGACGAGAGCGCGCGCUGGCACUUCCCCACGCUGCUGGCGUGGACCAAUGUGGCGGGCAGGCGGGGAUACCUGCUGGAGGGGCUGGCGGGCAUGCUGGCCAACCGCAGCGCCCGCGAGGGAGACACCCUGCUGUUCUUCCGCGACGCAGAUAGCCAGCCGCCGCGCAUCGAGCUGCGUGCCGCGGGCGCCGCCCCCGGCGCGCCGCCCCGCCGCCCCGCGGCCCCCGAGCCCUCCGCCCCCCCCUUUGCCUCGCUGCCGCUGCUGCUGCACCCCAAGGGCGAGGGCCCCGCCGCCGCCUCGGGCCCCGCCGCCGCCGGCGGGCGCGGGCUGUUGCCGCUGCACACCAAGCGGCGCGCCGCGGCCGGCGCCUCUGUGUGCCGCCGCACCACCACCUGCACUAAGGCGGCGGGACACCAGGGCUUCUGCAGCGGGCACAAGGGCUUCAAGCGCCGCGACUCGCCCACCGCAUCCUCGGCUUACGGCGCCCGCAGGCCCUUUGCAAGGUACCGCGACUGGGUGGAGGAGGAUGACGAGUACCUGACCUCCGACGACGACUCCUCCUUCACCGCGGCCGCCCGCCCCAAGCGGCCGCGCCGCGCCUCCGCCGCCGCCGUGGCCGCCACCGUGGCCGCCGCCGCCUCGCGGGAAGGCUCCCCGCUGCCGCACGGCGGCCGCGCGCCCCACGCCUCCGACCCCCUCCUCUCCCUGCUCAGCGUGCUGGACUGCAUGGAGACGGGCGAGGCGGCGGCGGCGGCCGCCAGCGGCGCCGCCUCGGCCGCGGUGCAGGCGGCGGUGAUGACGGCGGAGGCGGCGGCGACCGCCGCCUAUGGCGCCGCCAAGUGCGAGCUGGUGGCGGCCUGA